UCAUGGCGGCCCCCGUUAAAAAGAUGGUUGGUGUCUCUGACGACUCCAGCAGCAGUGACGAUGAAGCGCUGAAGAGAUGUCAGGAGGCGGUUUGGGAGACACGACCUGUCAAAGACAAAGAAGGAGACAGUGAUGUGAAACAGUCGAAACGUGUUGUUGUCGCUGACCAUGAACAUGAUGGCAACGAGCUCCAGGUCAGUCAAGGGUUUCGAACACAUGUUGCUAAAAAGUUGGGACAUCUUCUUGACAGUUGCAUUACAGAAACACAGACCAAAACUUCAUCCUAUGUGCAAUCAGCAAAAUGUGAUGAUGAUGACGACGAUGAUGAAGGAUUUCGUCUGUUUUCUACAUCAGUCCCAGGACAGACAGCCGAGGAGCCUCCAGCCCCCGUGAGGCGUCGACCAGUUCCUAGCUCAAGUGACAGCGACAGCGAGAUGGAAAAUAGGCUGAGAGAGGCAGCGGUGGCAGUCACAGAUCUCUUACCCUCGUUGACACUGCCCUCUACACUCUCACGUCCCUCGGCGGAGCCGCCCUGCUCAGGAAAAAUAAAGAAAAAGAAAAAAGAGGCAGAGGGAGAAGACAGCCAUGUUGUCAAGAAAAAGAAAAAGAGGAAACAGAAUCAAGAGGAGCAGGUGGACUGUGCAGUUUCUCCUCUUAAUGCUCAAAGCAACGGUGAGCACGAGAGCUCAGAACAGGAAAACACGCAAGUCAAAGUAAAACGGAAAAAGAAAAAGAAGCGAGAAGGAAACACAGUGGAAGAAGCUUUGGACUGAAUUUCUUGUGACUAACCUUUUACUGUUAUAGGAUGUUUGUCUAUGUUCCAGUCAGCCAUGUUCUGUCACAAGCUUGAAAUGAUUGGGUGG